CUCGCCAGCGGGGCACGGGCUCGCCCACCUGCGCCCAGCGCUCGGCCUCACGAGGUCUUUCCCUUGCCCGGGCCUGGAGGCACGGGGCGGGGCGGGGCUGGUGACGCGGCGCGGAGACCCCGGGGGCGGCGCGCUGCGCGAGGCGCGCGUUUCCACCGGCAGCCCGUCGGCGCCCAGGCGCGGGAGCCCGAGCGCCGAGCCGGAGCCCGCCCAGCCCUGCGCCCGCAUUAAGGGGCGAUGCCGUUCGGUCUGGCCACCCGCUGCGAGCACGGCUCCGGAGACAAAGCCAGCGCGUGAGCGGCGCCCUCGGUCCGGGGGCAGCAGAAUGAAAGAAGGCAUGUCCAGUAACAGCACUGCCAGCAUCUCCCAAGCCAGGAAGGCUGUGGAGCAGCUGAAGAUGGAGGCCUGCAUGGACAGGGUGAAGGUCUCCCAGGCAGCAGCGGACCUCCUGGCGUACUGUGAAGCUCACGUGCGGGAGGACCCUCUCAUCAUUCCAGUGCCUGCGUCAGAAAACCCCUUCCGAGAGAAGAAGUUCUUUUGUACCAUCCUCUGACUCCGUUUGCUAUGAAAACGUCUCCUUUUCGGUCCGUAAAAUCCCUUGUAGAGACCGCGCAUGCUCAUAGCUUUAGGGAGCUCUGCCCACACCCACCCCUGCCCAAGCAGGAUUGCCCAGGCCUGUCUCCUCUUUUCACUGGUUUUCUUCACUGCAUUCUAUUUCACUUUUUCUUUUCAUUUUCAUGUUAUUUUCAUUAUUAGAAAAUGAAAUAGACAUUUUUGUAGCCAAAUAACAAAUGUGCCAAGUAAAAUUAAUUAUGGGUUUAAGGGCUUAAAUUUUUUUAACAUCAAUUCCCAAGUUUACAUAGGUCAAGUGUAUACAUUUCAGUGGAUAAUUUAUUGAGAAGAGAUAAUUUAUUGAGAAGUGGAUAAUUUAUUGAGAAGAGAAAACAGUGCCCCAUUCGUGAUCAUUCAGUGUCAAAUCAGAUCAUUUUGACCAACUGAAGUAUGUGGGUGACGUUUCCAUCUCUCUUCCUGGAGAGAGCAGUUCUGCAAGUUCUCGAUUUCCUGCUUUUCUGUCAUCCUAUUUAAAGAAGAAAUAACCUGCAUCAUCGGAUGGUUUUCUAAACGCGGGUCAUCCUGGGGCCCUGGGGCCCAGCCCCUGAUGGAGGGUCCAGACCCCUGUUUCCCACUGAUGGUCAUUGAUCCCUUUGGAGGUGGUCCUUCUACAAAUGUAGGUGUUGGGUGGAUGUUGGAGUGAGCUUAACUGUAAAUGUCACACCAUUACAUCUGUUUAUGUGCGCCAGCCAGGCGGGCCAGGGGCACAUGUCUUCUCUCCAAAUGCCACCUUAUCCUGCUCCCUCCUAUUCUGCCUCCUGCUCUGCAUGGGCUGCAUUAAUAAGGGCCUGUUCUGGGGACUUCCCUGGCAGUCCAGAGGUUAGGACCCUGUGUUUCCACUGCAGGGGGCCCCGGGUUCGAUCCCUGGUUGGGGAACUAAGAUCCCACAAGUUGUGUGGCAUGGCCAAAAAAUAAUAAUAAUAAAAAUAAGGGCCUUUUCUGGGCACAGCACUGGGUCCUGUGGGGUUUCACCAGGGUGGCCCCUGCCCCAGAGGAGUGAGUGAGAGGCAGCAGCUCACCACGUAGCAUCCACUGAUCAGAGCAUUUACACGUAUCCACGUAUCCACUUAUUUAAUCCUCCAACAAUCAAUAAAUGCCGUGAGAGUAUGUCUGUUCUAAAGAGGGGGAAACUGAGGCACAAAGAGACCAUGUAGUUUCCCCGAGGUUGUAGAUAGUGAGCCAGAAGACUGGGACCUGAGCCCCUGAGCUCCCCUGCCUUCCAGGCCUGCCUGUUUGCAGGCAGGUAGGUAGACCUGCAGACAGCCCGAGCCACAUGCCACAAAGCACCGCUGCUGGGGUCCGCUCAGCGGCACACGUCUCUUCCCACCUUUGCCAGGAGCAGGCGUGUUGGGCCCGUAUCCUGGCAGCUUAUGGAAGAUGAAACGUGGCUGCUGCCAUGGAAGGCUAGGUGGCUCUCGAUUUUUCUGAGACAAACUUGCAAGCCCCACCUCAAACAAGCUCCUCCCACCCCGGAUGAAGGAAGGGAAUAAACCACAGGGGCAGAGAGCAUUCUGUCCAAGUAUGUCCUGUUCCGUUUGUUUGGAAACUGUCUCCCUUCCUGGCCCUGGCAGUGGCUUCGCUGUAGGGCAAGCCGUUGUGUGCCUGGAACCUGCAAAUUGGGGAUAAUGGUGGUUACUCCUCCUGCCUAGGACAGAGGGAGGUGCUACAUAGAUGAAAGCUCUGAUUAUCAUUUAAAACCAAUGUGCUAAAUGCCAGGCUGUAGUAUAGGGAAGAACGCACGACUUCAGAGAUCCGUGGUUCAGUUGGAGGAAUCGUGUAAAACCGCCUACAGAGAGGCAAAUGUAAUUUUCAGAUUAAUGACUUGCUACCCUCAUAAAGGGUCUUAGUACAUUUUUAUUCUUGGUUUCUUUUGUUGAAACCCAUUCUUUGUUUCAUGAAAGCUCCCUGGUAAUAACACUGUUGUUAGGAAGCUGUGUGCUCAAACUAUAGCAGAAUUGUAUGCUGUCUGUGAUAAUAGGACUUCCAAUCCUCCUCUAUUUUGGUUUAUGACCAGGACCUGUUUAUUCUGUGGUCCACAGUCUUCACCAAACUUUCUCCCCUUUGUUUUCAUUUCCAACAUCCCUCUGUAUUCUGCCUCCACUUUUUCCCUCUUUUUCCGUCUCCUCCUCUCUUCCUUGCAUCCCUCCAUGAGAUGCCUUUUGUCCUUUUACUACACCUUUUCCUUCCAAACCUAUGGCGUUUUGUGUGGCUUGCCCCUUUUAACGUAUCCCCGAACUCAUUGCUGCCCUUAAAGGCAAGUUCGUGAACAUGCACUGUGAGACACGCAAACAUGUGGAUGAGCCCCUCGCCCCCUAGCAAUCGCUGGGAGCUGAUGAAGCUGCCUGUAGCAGGCAGUCGUCACAUGGUGUUUCUAGCUUGGCUGUCCAGCACCUGACCCCUUUCCUAAAGGGGGAAAUCAUGAAAUCAUCCCUAUGUAUAAAUGUAGGGAUGCAGUGCCCCCAGCACAGUGGAUGCCGAAGUGGGGAGGUCUUCUCUCUCAGGUGCAUCCCCUUUUCCAGCACCAGACCAGCCAGUGACCCAGGGUGAACUCCUUGGACUCCCAUGCUUGGCAUUGUGAGCUUGGUGCAAGUGACACAGAAAUUAAGGGAUGCUGAGAUUCGUUUCACGGGAGCUGUGGUGGUCCAGGGGUGGCAGUGGUCCAGCAGGGGAAGUGUCUAGGAUUGGCAGGCUGCAGGGGUGGCGUGUCCACUGGUAGUAAUGUCCAGGGAUGGCAGAGUACUGAGCAGACCGUUUCUGCUUCGUUUCUUGGCCCCCACCCAUCUUCCCAGGUCUCCUUUCUAGCUUUCUGUCAAUUCUGUGAGCCGCCAAGCUCCAUCCAAUAAAUUCCUCAUUCUUCUGUGAAAUAGCUUGGGUUGAAUGUAUAUAUCAUAUGACCUAAAAACUCCACUCCUCUACCCAACAGAAAUGUGUACGUACAUUCACCAAAAGAAAUGUACUAGAAUGUUCACAGAAGCACUGUUCAUAAUAACCCUGAACUGGAAGGUACCCAGAUGCCCAUGUUGAAUGGAUAAAUUAUGGUAUAUUUGCACAGUGAAGUCCUACACAGCAAGGAGAAGGGGUGCUCCUGCAGCCACCCGCACGGCACCACGUAAGUCUCAUGAGAGGAGGCAAGUUCGUACUGUAUGGUUCCAUUUAUAUCAAGUGUCAAACUCGGCAAAGUUCACCUCUGCUGUGCAAGUAGGGAUAUGAGUUACUCUUGGGGGGAUGGUAACCAGACGGGCACAAGGGAGAUUCUCGGACCUUCUGUUCCUUGAUCCGGUUGCUGGUCACCUGGGCGUAUCUAGUUUGUGAAAAUUCUUCGAGCUGUACACUUGUGGUUUGUGCCCUUUUCUGUAUGGAUGUUGUACUUCAAUAAAAAGUUGGUUUUGUGCCUAGCAA